UCUGUGUCGGACCUUCGCAGUGUGACACCCACCGGAAGUAAACAGACAGCGCUAGCAGCGUUAGCUCAGUGUUAGCAGUUCGCCGGAAGGCGGUAGUGUGUUCGUGUCUCGGGUGAAUCUUCAAGUAGUUGACGGAGCAGCGAUGUCUUCGGUUCAGUAUUUGAGAGAGUUGAUCAGUGAGCGACUAACUGCUGCUGCUGAAGAAAUAUUCACAGUCUUUGAAAAAACCAUCGUCCAGUACGAAGAAGAGGUGGAUCGUCAGCGCAGACUGCUGGAUAUCGUUCUGAAACCUGAAGUGAAGCUGCACAGGAUCGAGCUCCCACAGCAGCAUGUCUGUAAAGAGGAGGAGGUUCUCACUGACCAGCAGCUCUGUAACCAGGAGAGGAACUCCAGUCUGGACCAAGAGGAACCAAAACCUCCUCAGACUAAAGUGGAACAAGAGGAAAUGUGCACCGGUCAGGAGGGAGAGCAGCUCGUACUGAAGCAGGAGACUGAAACCUUCAUGUUGACUCCUGAUUAUGAAGAAAGUGACGACAGAGAACCAGAACCAGUCGGUGAGCACCAGCUCCUCUCUCACAACUCUCCUGAAGCUGAGAGCCAAGAUCAGCACAGAAGAAAACAUGUGGAUUCAGGAUCAACUAGAAAUGUAUCAGAGAUUGACACUAAUACUCAUUCAAGAGAAAAGUCUUUCAAAUGUGACACUUGUGGCAAAGCUUUUUUGUAUAAGUGUCACUUGAAAAUACAUCUGAGAAUCCACACAGGAGAGAAACCAUAUUUAUGCAAAAUGUGUGGAAAAGCAUUCAUUACCAUGUUCACAUUGAAAAGUCAUAUGACAACCCACACAGGUGAGAAGCCAUAUUCUUGCAAAAUAUGUCACAAAAGUUUUGUACGCAGUGGUUACUUGAAAGUCCACAUGAGACGUCACACGGGUGAGAAGCCGUAUUCUUGUGACACAUGUGGGAAAAGUUUUGUAUGUAGUGGCAUCUUGAAAGUCCACAUGCGAACCCACACAGGUGAGAAGCCAAAUUCUUGUGAAAACUGUGGCAAAAGAUUUGGUGACAUUUCAGCGUUGAAUCAACAUAUGAGUGUGCACACAGGAGAGAAGCCAUAUUCUUGCAAAAUAUGUGGGAAAUGUUUUGUGCGUGGUUCGGUCUUGAAAGUCCACUUGAGAACUCACACUGGUGAGAAGCCAUUUUCUUGUAGAUUAUGUGGGAAAAGCUUUGUAAGCAGUAACGUCUUGAAAGUCCACAUCAGAACACACACAGGUGAGAAACCGUACUCCUGCAGCACCUGUGGGAAAAGAUUUAGUAACACCUCAGCUUUGAAUGAACAUAUGAGAGUGCACACAGGUGAGAAACCAUACUCUUGUGAAACAUGUGGGAGAAGUUUUGGAUGUGGUCGUGAUUUGACAGUCCACAUUAGAACUCACACAGGUGAGAAGCCGUAUUCUUGCCAAAUAUGCCAGAAAGGUUUCACACGUGGUAAUUAUUUGAAAGUCCACAUGAGGAGACACACAGGUGAGAAGCCAUACUCCUGCAACAUCUGUGGGAAAAGAUUCUUUCAGUCGUCAGACAUGAAAAGGCAUUUAAAAGUUCAUACAGGUUCAAAUCUUACAUGAACUAAACAGGCUUAAUGGAUAAUUAGUGGUACACAUGACAAUCUACACUGCUGAAAAUUAUUAUUGCUGCAACUUCUAAAGAUAGUUUAAAGUGAAAUGUCUUGAAAACUGUUCCUGAUUUAAAUUUGGACACAUCCCCUUUGAAGCACCUUGAACAACAAUAGAUGAUUGUCAACAUUCCUGCCAAGGCUUGAAAUUAUUCCUAUAAACCCCCAAGAUCCUUAUCAGUCAGGUUCUGCUCUUAAGGGAACCAGCUGAAUUAUGUUGAUACUACCAAGCACCGAGUUGAAUUGGAGUUAUAUUAAGUUGUUGUUGGAGAUAACUGGGCUUAGUUAACAAAACGUGAGUACAUACUUCCCUUGAAAGUAAAAAACUGACUUCUUAAUUAAUUUUCAUUUUGCUGUUUUUAUACAUCAACUCAGUUGUAUGCCAUUAUACAAAGUUCCUGAUGUUGAAGAUGAUAAAUAAUCUGGUACUGUAUAGUCACCCUGCAACUACAGUCUUUUCUGGAACAUUUACUCUAAUUUUAUCUUUUGUGCAUUAUAUAUGAAAUAAUUUUGAUUAUGUUUUAUUAUUUCAGUCUUCCAAUGUGAAAUAAACAAAUUAAGCAAAAGAUGUUCUAUGUGGCUUCAUGAAAUGUGCCAUGUCAAUCAACUUGAAUUAGUAGAAUAUUUCUUUCAAUGCUGGUUGUCUACACCACCUGCAGUUCAGCCAAGGUUCAGCUGGGCUGCUCUUCUGGAGAUUCAUGGUCUCGUUGAUUUUCUCUGUGCGCAGUUCGCAGCGGAAUAGACAGUGAAAAUGAUCUUUCACCACAAUGUAUAUCUAUUAAAUAUAUGUAACACUUCCUGUACCCGCUUCAACAUAAAAGCACUCCUGCGUUUCUGUUGACUGAACCCAUUAAUUUGUUGGAGAGCAUUAAAUUGUGAAAUAUUUGCGGGAGCGGAAGAUUCAUGGCUUCAUACUGUAUAGUCCUGGUUUUUAUUUCAGUACUUUUAUACAAGAAAAUACAGCAGUCAGGUUUGUGGCCAUUUUCAAAGCAAACCCUUUGUAAAGUAAAGUAGCGCCUCAACUGCAGAACUUAUUGUUGAACUGAGAAGCUAAAUGUCGUUCAUUCAACAGAUGCUAUAAAUAUGAAUAGUUUGUAUUGAAGAGAUGUUCUUACUGUUAAUGUGAAUAUUGUGCAUUGAACAGAAGAGGUCUUUGAGUGUAUGUAUGUUCGUACCUUGAGUCUGUUAUUACAGAGAAACCAUAAGUGGGUUUUUUAUAAGAUAUGGAGUGGAUCUCAGUUUACCUUUGGAAUUAAACUGUGACUGGGCUUGAAAACAUUGAUGACCACUGAUCUACAAGUUAAGAAAAUAUGUAAGUUUUGUCUCUUGUUUUAUUUAUUAUCGCUGAUGUUUAUUUAUCUAUGUGUCUGUUGAACUGAACUGUCGCUUUAGCUGAAUAUUUUCUGUGUUGAGC